AUGAUUUCGAAGAAAAUCAACUUUGGUGACUUGGAUUUCGAUUACAUUUUUGAAAAUUACACUGGAGAAUAUGAAUAUGAUGCAAAUGCGUCUCCGUGCAAACCAAUGGUUCCGAGUUAUUCCAUCAGCGUUGUCCUGGCCGUGGUCUACAGCCUGGUGUGUCUCUUGGCCGUGACGGGGAACCUGUUGGUGUUGGUGGUCAUCCUUCUCAACCACCGCUCCAUCUCAUCCACGGACGUCUACCUGCUCCAUCUGGCCAUGGCCGACCUGCUCUUUGCCCUCACCCUGCCCUUCUGGGCAGUGGACGCCGUGUCUGGCUGGGUGUUUGGUGACGCCAUGUGUAAGGUGAUCAGUAUGUUGCAGGAGGUGAACUUUUACAGUGGCAUCCUCCUGCUGGCCUGCAUCAGCGUGGACCGCUACCUGGUUAUUGUCCGCUCUGCCCAGUCGCACGGCCGCAAUAGGUCAUGGAUGGUCAAACUGGUGUGUGCCGUCGUCUGGCUCGUGGCCCUGCUCCUGUCCUUGCCCGUCCUCUACAAGGGUGAGUGGACCCACGGUGCCAGGACCCUGUGCUACGAGAUCCUCGACGGACAAUCGGCCGACAUCUGGAGAACCGCCACCAGGUUCUUGCGGCACGUGAUUGGCUUCCUCGUGCCGCUGGCCGCCAUGGUCUUCUGCUACUCCGUCACCGUGUGGAAACUGUGGCGGACCAAGGGCUUCCAGAAGCAGAAAGCCAUGAAGGUCAUCAUCGCGGUGGUGCUGGCCUUCCUUGUGUGCUGGCUGCCCCACAACGUCACGGUGCUGGUCGACACGCUGAUGAGGAGCAAACUCAUCGAAGACUCUUGCCCCAAACGCGACCACUUGGACAGGGCUCUGUCCGCCACCCAAACCCUGGGCUUCACGCACAGCUGCAUCAACCCAAUCCUCUACGCAUUCAUCGGGGUGAAAUUCAGGAAGAACCUGGUGAAGAUCCUGACCGAUGUAGGACUCAUGAAGACAAGUGAAACUGCCGAUUUCAGGAGAUCAGAAUCGUACACCAUCUCCGGCCAAACCUCAACCACCAUUUAGACCACGUAGGCAACGUCUCUUUACGCUCAGCUUUACUAUUGCCAUGUGUACCGAGGUACAGGGAACAGCUUUGUUCUGCAGCUGCCCAAACACACCAGAUAAUACUGGACAUAAAUACAAUCAAGCCAAACUCAAGUCCAAUAGGUAGUGCAAAGGG